GCCAAAUUCAUGAGAAUCCUCAAAAGCAAAAAUAUCUCAUAAUUCAUUACCAUGGCAGCUGAUAUUGCCAAACACCUGUAUGUUUAUCGGUGGGUUUCUUUUUGUGUCUUGUUUGUGUUUAUCAAACUAGCAAAAUCUGACAAUUAUAUUGUCCAUAUGGACAUUUCUGCCAUGCCCAAAGCUUUCUCUAACCAGCACACGUGGUAUUUGGCCACUCUUUCAUCUGUUUCAGCCAAAUCCAAAGCUGAAUCCAACCCAACCAUUCCUUUUUCUAAACUUAUCUAUACUUAUAACCAUGUUAUUCAAGGUUUUAGUGCAAGUCUCACACCUGCAGAGCUUGAGUCCUUGAAACACACACCGGGGUAUGUUUCAUCGGUUAAAGAUAGAGUUGUGAAGGUCGAUACCACGCAUUCUUUCAAAUUUCUUGGCUUGAAUUCUGGUACCGGUGUGUGGCCGGUGUCGAGGUUCGGCAAAGACGUCAUCAUCGGGGUGAUUGAUACCGGGGUUUGGCCGGAAAGCGAAAGCUUUAAUGAUGAUGGGAUGAGUGAUGUUCCAUCAAGAUGGAAAGGGGAAUGUGAAAGUGGCACGCAAUUCAAUUCCUCAAUGUGCAACAAAAAGCUCAUUGGUGCUCGGUUUUUCAAUAAAGGUCUCAUUGCUCAUAAACCCAAUAUCACCAUCUCAAUGAAUUCCACACGAGACACUGAAGGACAUGGUACCCAUACGUCCACAACUGCUGCUGGAACUUAUGUGAAAGAUGCAUCGUAUUUCGGCUAUGCACCGGGGACUGCUAGAGGAAUAGCCCCAAUGGCUCGUGUAGCCAUGUAUAAAGCGAUAUGGGAAGAAGGAUCUUACACCACUGAUGUAAUUGCAGCCAUUGAUCAAGCCAUUACUGAUGGUGUCGACGUUCUUUCGUUGUCGUUAAGCUGGAGCCAGGUUGAGUUAUACGAAGACCCCGUUGCAAUUGCCACAUUUGCUGCCAUUGAGAAGAACAUUUUCGUUUCCACAUCUGCAGGCAAUGAUGGACCAGAUGUAGAGACUUUAAACAACGGAAUACCUUGGGUCAUAACCGUCGCGGCCGGUACCAUGGACCGUGACUGCAGUGCGGCGUUGAGCCUCGGUAACAAAGUGUCAGUCAAUGGCUUAGCUCAAUAUGCAGGGAAUUUUUCGUCAUCAACCGAAUUCCCAAUAGUUUUCAUAGACAAAUGUGAUGACACAACUGAAUUGGAAACAAUCAAGCACAAGAUCAUCGUGUGUCAAGAUCCAUACACGGAAGAUUCACUCAACGACCAAUUUAACAACAUCAAUUUAGCUGGAAACGUCGCCGGUGUCUUCAUAUCGAAUAGCAGUGACGUUUAUGAUCACCUCAAAAGCUCAUUUCCAGCUAUUUUCUUGCAAGAAAAAGAUGGUGCCACCGUUGUGGAUUUCAUUAAAACCAACACUGACCCAAAAGCCAGCAUUGUGUUUAAAAAAACUACCAUUGGUGUUGAGCCAUCACCGAAAGUCACAAGCUAUACAUCUCGAGGUCCAUCUUAUAGUUGUCCAUCAGUAUUAAAGCCUGAUAUUAUGGCCCCUGGUGACUCAGUCUUAGCUGCAUGGCCUCCAAAUCUUGAAGCGGCUAGUGUAAAUGAUGAUCUUAUGUACUCAAAAUUCAAUUUACUCUGGGGAACAUCCAUGGCAUGUCCCCAUGUUUCGGGUAUAGGAGCACUUUUAAAAGCUGUUUAUCCUCAUUGGAGCCCGGCCGCCAUUCGAUCGGCUUUGAUGACAACAUCCGAUCAAAUCGAUAACACCGGUAGUCCAAUAAAGGACAUAGGGAGAAAUCUCCAACCGGCCGAUCCUUUAGCCAUGGGAGCUGGACAUGUCAAUCCUAACAAAGCUUUAAAUCCCGGACUUAUAUACGAUGCUACGGUGCAAGAUUACAUCGACCUUCUUUGUGGACUAAAUUUCACACAAAAACAAAUCAAAACCAUCACGAGAACAUCAUCAAACAACUGUUCCAACCCUUCUCUCGAUCUCAAUUACCCUUCUUUCAUAGCAUUUUUCAACGAUUGGUUUGCGGAACCGAACUCGACGACCAUGAUGGAGUUUCGAAGAACCGUGACCAAUGUCGGAGAUGAAAGGUCGACUUACAGAGCAAAUGUGACACCGCUUACUGGACUUAAGGUAACAGUGGAACCAGAUACAUUGGUUUUCAAGACAAAAUACGAGAAGAAAAGCUUCAAGCUGAGAAUUGAAGGUCCUAAACAAUUGGCUGACGCUGUGGUAUUUGGUUAUCUCACAUGGGAAGAUAGUGGAAAGAAACAUGUUGUUACAAGUCCAAUAGUUGCCACAAGCUACAAAAUUGAAAAAUGAUAAAACUCCCACUGUUUUUCUUUUUUUAAUCUUCAUGUUUUUAUGGUAAUGAAUAAAGAAAUUGCAAAUGAUUUUUCUCUGAACUUUAA